GCAUGGUGCUGAAAUUGCCAACAUGGGAAAGAAAAAAUCUGAUAAAAAGGGAAAAGGAAAAGAGAAGACAGCUUUAAAGACAGAGAGAAAUGCGGAGAAAAAAGCCAAGAAAGAACUAGCGAAGAAAGGAGAGGAUGACAUUGAGACUUUGAUUGCACAAUUUCAUGCCAAGGACCAAGAAAAGUCAAAAUAUGUGGAAGAAAAGUGUGACCCACCCACAGAGAGAUCAAACAUGACUUUAACCCCUCACCCAGACAAGGAUGAGCUGAUUAUGUUUGGAGGGGAGUUUCUGACCGGGAGCAAGGUGUACAUGUACAAUGAUUUGUAUUUCUACAACAUCAAAAAGAAUGAAUGGACAAAAGUGACUGCACCAAAUGCCCCUCCUCCUAGAAGCUCCCAUCAGGCAGUAGCUUUGAAACAGCAUGGUGGACAGUUGUGGAUAUUUGGUGGAGAGUUUGCCAGUCCUACCCAGUCCCAGUUUCACCACUUCAAAGAGCUUUGGGUCUACCAUAUCAAAAACAGAUACUGGGAGAGGAUCAAUUCACCAGGUGCCCCUUCCAGCAGAAGCGGUCACAGAAUGGUCCAGUGUAAGAAACUCCUGGUGGUCUUUGGUGGUUUCCAUGACAACACCAGAGAUUACAAGUACUUCAAUGAUGUCCAUGCUUUCAAUGUGGAGGAUUACACGUGGUGUAAGUUGGACAUCAGUGGGAUACCCCCAGCUCCUCGCUCAGGUUGUGUCAUGGCAGCCAUGCCUGACCAGUACAGGGUGACAGUGUAUGGGGGAUACAGUAAAGAAAAGGUCAAGAGGGAUGUUGACAAGGGAACCACUCAUGUAGACAUGACAGUGCUAAUGCCGGAAGGCAAGGUUAAAGAUGACACCAUCCCUGUGAAGUGGAAAUGGGUCAAUGUCAAACAGUCAGGAGCCAGGCCGACCCCCCGAUGUGGGAUGACCUGUGCAGUUGCUCCGGCCAACAGAGCAUUUUGUUUUGGUGGAGUAUUUGAUGAGGAGGAAGAUGAAGAGCAGUUAGAGGGAAAGUUUUUCAAUGAGUUCUAUCUCCUUGACUUGGAGAAAAAUAAAUGGUUCUCAGUGAAUCUAAGUGGAAAAAGAGAACAACUGGAAAGGAAGAAACGAAGACGGAAGAAGGAUGAUGGAGCAGAAAACGAAGAUGGAACAGAAGAACAUAUGGAGGAAUGUGAUGAGGAUGAAGAAGAAGAAGAAGAGGAAGAUAUGGAAGUAGCAGCAGACAAAGUCAGCAACAUGAACAUUGAAGAAGCAGACAGCACUGAAACGUCAGAGGGCGCCACCAGCAAUAUGUUUGAUGAUGGAGUGUUCCAGGUCAAGAUAGGACCAGCUCUUGGUUCUGCCCCUGGGGACCAAUUGGGAGAUGAAUACAAGACUGUUAAAGUGUUUAAGCCUCAUCCCAGGAUGGGGCCAUUGAUGGCUGUAAAGAAUGGAGUUCUCUUCCUCUACGGAGGGAUGUUUGAGGGAGGAGAUAAGCAAUUUACUUUCAAAGAUUUUUACUCAUUAGAUCUGAAUAAGAUGGAGGAGUGGAAUGUGCUUAUUGAAAAUGACGAAUCAAAACUGGUGUGGGAUGAUUCUGACUCCUCAGGUGAAGAAAUGGAGGCCUGCGGAGGGGAGAAUGAGGAAGAAGAGGAAUCAUCAUCAGAUGAUGAUAUUGAGGAUAUUCUUGAAGGCUGUGAUAUACCACUAAGAACUGAGGAUGAAAGUGUGGAGGAUUAUUUUGAAAGGACAAAGGACUUCUGGAUUGAGCAGUCCAAGAAAUAUUUUGAAAAUGAGAAAAUGAAAGUAACAACCAGGACUGUUACAAAGUUUGCUAAGGAAAUGUGCCAGGAGUACAUCAACAGAUGAAUUGUAGGCGAAUACAAUGGUGGCAAACCAUGGUGCAAUAACUGUGUCUGGUCAGAUUUAGUGUGACAGCUUUUCGUAUUUUGGAUUUCUUUUCCUGAAGCAUGAAAUUAAUCUCAACCAAACUUGGGACAGAUCAUAUUCUAAGAUAGUUUUAUUUCCAACCAUUUGGCACAGGUCCCCUUCCAAGGAUGAUUAACAAAUAGUGAGAAUAGAGUGGAGCCACUUGAAUAUUAUCUCAGCUAGAAAUUAUGGACCAAAAAUUUCAAACCUUUCUUGUAUUGUUUAGAUUCAAGGUUGUUCAAAUCAUACGACAGAGAGGGCUGGAAUAGAAUAUGAUGCAGAGGGCUGGAUUAGCUCACAACAUGGAGAAAAAAAUCCUGUAAUGAAUAUGUGAGAAAAUUCUUAUUAAAAUGUAAAACUGAUA